CGGUGGUCGCAGCCAAUGGGAAGCGGUGGGAGCGGGACAGGCGGUGUCAGUGACCAAUGGGGAGCGCUGGGGGCGGGAGCGGCGGCGGCGCGGCGGGGCCGGAGCGGCGGCGGCGGAGCGCGGGCCGGGAGCGGAGCGGUGACACAGCGGCGACCGAGCGGCGACCGAACAGCCGCAGCCAUGUCCAUCAUGUCCUACAACGGCGGGGCCGUCAUGGCCAUGCGGGGCCGCGGCUGCGUGGCCAUCGCCGCGGACCGGCGCUUCGGCGUGCAGGCGCAGACCGUGACCACCGACUUCCAGAAGAUUUUCCCCAUGGGCCAGAGGCUCUACAUCGGCCUGGCCGGGCUGGCCACGGACGUGCAGACCGUGGCCCAGAGGCUGAAGUUUAGGCUGAACCUCUACGAGCUGAAGGAAGGGAGGCAGAUCAAGCCCCAGACCUUCAUGAGCAUGGUGUCCAACCUGCUCUACGAGCGGAGGUUUGGUCCCUACUACACGGAGCCAGUGAUCGCGGGGCUGGACCCGCUCAGCCACGAGCCCUUCAUCUGCUCGCUGGACCUCAUCGGCUGCCCCAUGGUCACCGACGACUUCGUGGUCAGCGGCACCUGCUCCGAGCAGAUGUACGGGAUGUGCGAGUCCCUGUGGGAGCCCGACAUGGAGCCAGAGCACCUCUUCGAGACCAUCUCGCAGGCCAUGCUCAACGCCGUGGACAGAGACGCCAUCUCCGGGAUGGGCGUGGUGGUGCACGUCAUAGAGAAAGACAAGAUCACCACCAGGACCCUGAAGGCUCGCAUGGAUUAGCCCAGCCCAGCUGCUCUGUGCCCCUCGGGACUUUUUAAAAUAAAACUCUGCCCUGAACUUCCCUUUUGGUGCCUCUGAGCAGGGUCAGGGUGUCACCCUGGCUGCCAGGACACAGCGGUGACCCAGGGCUGUCACCCUUCAUCCAGUCCAUCCCUCCAGCACCUCCCAAACUGGGGUGGAAAUACAAAUUAUCCCAAGCAAGCAGAGGGAAAACCUAACCCUGAGGAGACACGGAGGGCAGUGCUGAGCACAGGGGCUGGAGAAUUCCCACCCUGAGGGCUGAGUUCCCACCCCUGGAGCCUCAGGAGGAGGUCUGAGGUGGCAGCAGAGCUUCCCUUCCCCCUGAACUGCAUGGGGCGGCUUUUCCUGCCAGGCCUGGUUGUUCUGGCAGCCAGCACUGGGUAAAAUCUCAUUUAAAGAGGC